UAAAGUAGAUUAUAUUUGUUCCUAACAUUAAUGAUUAUUAAAAAUGAAAGAAGUUUGACAACCAUGAAAAUUUCAUCUAACCUAAAGAGGGUAUGGUAAAUUUAGUAGCAAUCGAGGAAUGAAGUGGAGCCGAAAUAUGAGCUUUGGUGAAGCGGCCGUGGGCGGCGUCCGAGAACUAAAAUAUAGGCUAAUUGAUGACCCUGUGGACAUUGGUAUCUGAUUUCCAACUACUCGGACGGACCCCUCUUCUCAUUUAACUGCCCAAAUUUGUACGUAAAAUAUAUAUGAUGCAUAUAAUCUUUUUGUCGUUGAAAAGGUUAAUCACAAGUCUACAAUAAUAAUCAUUUUUUUUUGAGGGAUCUAUUAAUUAGAAACAUUUCAUUUUCUUAUCCUUCAAAGUCUCAACUACAUUGCUUAUUUAUUUAUUUAUUUUUCUUAAAUUAUAAAAGCUAACGAAUAGCUUCAACAAUAUCAUUGCCAUUUGCCAUCUUUCUCCAAUCCUAUUAAAGUCCCCUUUCUCCUUUCUCUUUUCUCGACAUUACUGACAAAAACCAAUUGGCUAAGGCUAUCAUUUAACUUCUCUUCCAUAAUCAUGGGGGCUUACCGUUGUUUCGAACCGAUUUCCAAAUGUAGCAGCGACGGAAGAUCGAAUCAGACAGUGGCUGCGGAUUUAGAUGGGACCCUUCUCGUGUCACGAAGUGCUUUUCCUUAUUUCAUGCUUGUUGCUCUUGAAGCUGGUAGCCUUGUUAGAGCACUUGUUCUGUUAACAUCCGUUCCAUUUGUGUACUUUACGUACUUGUUCAUCUCUGAGUCCGUAGCCAUUAAUACCUUCAUUUUCAUCACCUUCUCCGGGCUAAAAGUUAGAGACAUUGAGCUUGUUUCGGGGUCGGUCUUGCCCAAGUUUUAUGCCGAGGAUGUUCAUCCAGACACCUGGAGAGUUUUCAGCUCCUUUGGCAAACGAUACAUUAUUACAGCGAGUCCUAGGAUCAUGGUGGAACCCUUUGCCAAGACAUAUUUAGGAGCUGACAAGGUUAUUGGAACAGAGUUAGAAGUGACGAAAUCUGGCAGGGCAACUGGUUUUGCCAUUAAACCUGGAGUUCUCGUCGGAGAACACAAAAGGGCUGCCGUUUUGAAAGAAUUCGGCACCAACUUGCCAGAUUUGGGGCUAGGAGACAGAGAAACCGACCAUGAUUUCAUGUCAUUAUGCAAGGAAGGAUACAUGGUGCCAAGAACCAAAUGCGAACCAUUGCCAAGGAACAAGCUUCUAAGCCCUGUUAUAUUUCAUGAGGGCCGCCUAGUCCAAAGGCCAACCCCUUUGGCUGCUCUGUUGACCUUCCUAUGGCUUCCUAUAGGCUUCAUCCUCUCCCUACUCAGGGUCUACACCAACAUCCCGUUACCGGAGCGAAUUGCUCGAUACAAUUACAGGUUGCUGGGGAUCAAAUUGAUUGUUAAGGGUACCCCUCCACCAGCACCUAGGAAAGGCCAAAGUGGAGUCCUCUUUGUUUGCAACCAUAGAACAGUUUUAGACCCAGUUGUCACAGCGGUUGCCUUAGGCCGAAAAAUCAGUUGUGUUACUUACAGUAUUAGCAAAUUCACUGAAAUUAUUUCGCCUAUUCGGGCCGUUGCAUUAUCGAGAGAAAGAGAAAAAGAUGCAGCCGACAUCAAGCGCCUUCUCGAGGAAGGUGACUUGGUUAUUUGUCCUGAAGGGACUACCUGCCGAGAACCUUUUCUGCUAAGAUUCAGUGCACUGUUCGCUGAACUCACUGAUAGAAUUGUGCCGGUCGCAAUCAACACAAAACAAACAGUUUUCCACGGGACAACAGUUCGGGGACACAAAUUGUUGGAUCCUUAUUUUGUAUUCAUGAAUCCGAUGCCUACUUACGAGAUCACCUUCUUGAACCAGCUGCCUACAGAGCUUACUUGCAAAGGUGGAAAAUCAGCCAUUGAAGUUGCAAACUACAUCCAAAGGGUGCUGGCUGGGACAUUGGGAUUUGAGUGCACCAACUUGACAAGGAAGGACAAGUAUGCCAUGCUUGCAGGAACGGACGGUCGGGUUCCAUCCAAGAAAGAAAAGGAAAAGGCUCUAGUACUUUAAAAAAAAAAAGAAGAGAUGAUUUAUAUUAAUUUGGCCAUUGUUUUUCAUUACGUUAAAACUUUGUCUUACAAAUAAAAAAUUGUUUGUGAUGCUAGUUAUAAAAAUAACAAAUAUGUAUAUUUUGCUAGUAAUUUGAAUACAUACAAAUCAUUAAUGUGUUAA